CCCGAGAAACUGUGCCGUUAUGUCGACGAAGCUGUGGUGCUGUUACAGUUUGUACUGUUCGUUAAACCGGAUUUAAGCAUAAGCGGUGGAGUUUUGUUUUCAACCGUGCAGUUAAAGGAUGUGUUUAGGGCUGCUUUUUGUUGAUAGUACUCCGCAACUGUGAAGUUUGACGAAGUGGGAAGCGUGGGAAGGACUGGUUGGAUUCCCCUGUGGAUCUAUGCAUGCUCGGUCUGGAUAGCAUUCUCAAGAUCACAGCUGCAGGCCAUUCACUGAUGGGUACAUACUGUGAGGCAACGCAUCAAGAGAACUGCAAAUCAUUCAGAAAAGACGGGAACUGUGAAAGAAUGAAGACAAGCUAGAUAGUUUUGUCUUCAAGGAACUGCCAGAGAAUACACCUGCAACUAUUUGAACUAACAAAUGUGUACCUGGACUAAACACUAGUCUGAGAAACCUGAAAAGUGACUUGUUUGUUGAACUGUUGAAUCUUCAAAGAGAACACCUUGACACCGAGUGAUCAAUAUGAGUGCUGAAGGAUAUCAGUACAGAGCGCUUUAUGACUACAAGAAAGAGAGGGAGGAGGACAUCAAUCUGCAUGUGGGGGAUAUACUGUUGGUAAGCAAAGGAGCCCUGGUGGCUCUUGGGUACACUGAAGGACUGGAACAGAGGCCAGAUGAGAUUGGCUGGCUGCCAGGCUUCAAUGAAACCACUCAGGAAAAAGGGGACUUCCCUGGGACAUAUGUCGAGUUCAUUGGGAAGAAGUGGCUCUCUCCCCCAACACCCAAGCCAAGGCCCCUCAGACCCUUACCUGUUGCUCCAGGUGCCUUCAGGACAGAGGCAGACUCCGACUCAGAGCAAGGCUUCUGUUUGCUGGACCUGACAGAGCAGUUCUCCCUCCCAGAGACCAGUCCACCCAUGCUGGCCAGAUUGCUGGAAGCUAUUGAGAGGAAAGGGCUGGAUAACCCAACUUUAUAUCGAACAUUUACCGCUGGUGGUGGACUGGAAAUCAGACAGUAUUUUGAUUGUGAUCCACCCUCGCCAGACCUGGAUCAGGUGGAACUUCCUGUCUUGUGUGAUGGUCUGCGUAGGUACCUGCAGGAUCUACCCCAGCCCAUCAUCCCCACUGCGAUACACGCUCAGAUGGUCCACACUGCCAAAGAGGUGGUGAAUCCUGAGGAAUGUGCCCAGCUGCUACGUCGCAUCGCCAGCACCCAGACCCUGCCUCCUCAAUACUGGCUUACCCUCCACUGUCUGCUAAGGCAUUUCUCUAGAGUGUGCCAAAACGGCUCCAAGAACCUGCUCAGUGCCAGAGCCCUGGGCGAGAUCUUCAGCCCCGUGUUCUUCAGACAACAGACAACCAGUUGUGAACCCAGCUCAGAAGCUCACAUCAAGAUCAUUGAGGUUCUGGUGACCAGUGAAUGGAGUGAAAGUCAGUCAGCUCCAGCUCUACCUCCAAAGCCACCCAAACCCACAUCUGUGACUAACAACGGUAUGAACAACAACAUGGCGCUACAAGACGCCGAAUGGUACUGGGGAGACAUCUCAAGGGAGGAAGUCAAUGAGAAACUGAGGGACACUGCGGACGGUACAUUUUUGGUGCGAGACGCCUCUACAAAAAUGCACGGAGACUACACUCUGACUCUGAGGAAAGGAGGCAACAACAAACUCAUCAAGAUAUUCCACCGGGAUGGGAAAUACGGCUUCUCAGACCCACUGACCUUCAGCUCAGUCGUCGAGCUCAUCAACCACUAUCGCAACGAGUCACUGGCUCAGUACAACCCCAAGCUAGACGUCAAGCUGCUGUAUCCAGUCUCCAAACACCAGCAGGAUCAGGUGGUGAAAGAAGACAACAUUGAAGCUGUGGGGAGGAAGCUCUGCGAGUACCACCAGCAGUACCAAGAGAAAAACAAAGAGUACGACCGUCUGUAUGAAGAGUACACCAGAACAUCACAAGAAAUCCAAAUGAAAAGGACAGCUAUUGAAGCUUUUAACGAAACGAUAAAGAUAUUUGAGGAGCAAUGCCAAACACAAGAGCGGUACAGCAAAGAGUAUAUUGAGAAAUUUAGGAGAGAAGGCAACGAGAAGGAGAUCCAGAGGAUAAUGGGCAAUUACGAGAAGUUGAAGUCCCGGAUAAGCGAAAUCGUGGAUAGUAAGCGGCGACUGGAGGAAGAUCUGAAGAAACAGGCAGCAGACUACAGAGAAAUCGACAAGAGGAUGAACAGCAUCAAACCCGACCUCAUCCAGCUGCGCAAGACCAGAGACCAGUAUCUCAUGUGGUUGACCCAGAAGGGAGUCAGACAGAAGAAACUCAACGAGUGGCUCGGAAUCAAGAACGAGAACACAGAAGAUCAAUAUUCUAUGGUGGACGAUGACGAAGACCUUCCUCAUCACGACGAGCGGUCAUGGAAGCUGGGCAACAUUAACAGACUACAGGCGGAGGCUCUCCUCCAGGGCAAGAGAGACGGAACAUUCCUGGUUCGAGACAGCAGCAAAGCAGGAUGCUACGCCUGCAGCGUUGUUGUGGACGGCGAGGUGAAGCACUGCGUCAUCAACAAGACCCCCUCAGGUUACGGCUUCGCCGAGCCGUACAACCUGUACAGCUCAUUAAAAGAACUCGUACUUCACUACCAGCACACGUCUUUGGUCCAGCACAAUGACUCUCUGAAUGUGACGCUAGCAUAUCCAGUCUAUGCCCAGCAGAGACGGUGAAGACGAUGUUUCCACACGGACACAGAGAAAAGGCCUCAUGGGGAGUUAGAGAUCAAUGUCCUCGGACUCCAUGAUUUAAAAACAAAAGAAGAGGCUCUGUUUGUCCCCAACUCAGACUUGAAAUCGGAGGAAAAGACAAAAUAAAGCCUGAAAGAUUUCAGUGACUUUUGCCCAACUACGAGCCCGAGGCGAGUCUGAAUGUAGAUUUAUUUCUCUUUUGCUUUUUGUGGGAGCACAGAAUCAAGCGGAAACUGCUGAACUCUCCCACAGCGGAGGACAUUCGAGGCCUUUUCCUAAUGGUGCUUGUUCUUUUUCAAAGCUUUACCAGCCGGGAAUGUCAAAUCGCAACAGAUAAACUCUUCAAAUGGAACUGUACUCACCGGCCACAACUUUAUUUUUCCACUUUUUUUUCCCUUUCAUGUCGUGAGUGUGUGUGUGUGUGUGUGUGUGU